AUGCUGAACGUUGAUUCCGUAAGUUGCCCCUUGUGUAGCUCUCCCUCGUAAAGCUGUGCGCUGACGUGCUGUCCCUCUCCUCCUCCUCCCGUCUUAUCGUCUCGCGUCCAACCCGGCCGGACCCAAUCGAAUCGAUCUCGCACCCAUUCGUCCAUUUGACCCAUUCGCAACCCGACUCGAACUCGCAUCGCACGCCCGCCAGGUCUCGAGCCAGUUGGAAUGGCUGACGACGCUGUCGAUCCCCCCCAAGGUCGAGGCCGGUCUGACGGGCAAGAACUUGCGCAAGGUGAGUUACUACUGCAUGUCGUGUUCGUGGUCGUGUUCGGGGUCAUCGUCAGCGCUCGGUCCAAUCGAUGCGAGACCGCGCGCGCGUCUGCCUUUCGUUGGGCCCGAUACCACACAUCAGAUCGAGCAUACGGCCACGAGUCACCUCUUCCCAGCUCCAGCGAUCCUUUCGAUCAAAGCGCAGUACUGACAUGCACACUCCGCCCACGGACAGACCUCGAUCAUCGCGACCAUCGGUACGCUCACACCCCAACUCAAAACUCAGCUCCGCAACCCGAGCCUCUUCGGUCAACACCCUGUCUUUUUCCGCGGCUCUGACAUGCUUCCCCACCUCGUCCAACAGGGCCCAAGACCAACAGUGUCGAGAUGAUCUCCAAAUUGCGCACCGCCGGUGUCAAUGUCGGUCAGUCCCACCUUCACCCCUCCCCUCGACGAUCCCUUUUCCCGUCUCCGCAGCCCCACUUGUUCUGCCCAUCCUCGACAUUCUUCAGAGCGGUGAACUGACCUUGCUUCGGCCCUCACCAUCUUCGUUACCAGUCCGAAUGAACUUUUCUCACGGCUCGUACGAGUACCAUCAAUCCGUCAUUGACAACACCCGCAAGGCCGAAGCCAGUACGUCUCCCUCGACCGAGGCCAACCAAGAAUCCCGUGACUGACCUUCUUCUUGCUCUUCGUCCUCUAGGUGCCGAGGGUCGUCCUUUGGCCAUCGCUCUCGACACCGUAAGUCUGCGAACGAAAUAUCGCGCGGACGAAGCAUGUGAACUGAACCCGACUUGAAAACCUUGACGCCGGUCAAACAGAAAGGUCCCGAGAUCCGAACGGGCAACAUGGUCAACGACGAGGAUGUGAGUGUAAAGAGCUCUUGACCUACCAGACCGGAUCUGACCCAUACUGCAUCGUUUCCCGAAAUACCAGGUCAAGAUCCCCGCCGGUCACCGAAUGCUCUUCUCGACCGACCCCAAGUACGCCACCGCCUGCACCGACAAGGUCUACUUCAUCGACUACGCCAACCUGCCCAAGGUAAUCGAGGUCGGCAAGCCCAUCUACAUCGACGACGGUGUCAUGUCGUUCCGCGUCCUCUCGAUCGAAGGCACCGACGUCCACGUCGAGGCCAUCAACGCCGGUACGCUCUCGAGCAAGAAGGGCGUCAACCUGCCCGGCACGGACGUCGACUUGCCCGCCAUCUCGCAAAAGGACAAGGACGAUCUCUCGUUCGGUGUCAAGAACGGCGUCGACAUGAUCUUUGCCUCGUUCAUCCGUCGCGGCCAGGACGUCAAGGACAUCCGCGCCCACCUCGGCGAGGCCGGCAAGAACAUCAAGAUCAUCGUCAAGAUCGAGAACCUGCAAGGUGUCGCCAACUUUGACGAGAUCCUCAAGGAGACCGACGGUGUCAUGGUCGCGCGGGGUGACCUCGGUAUCGAAAUCCCGGCAUCGCAGGUCUUUAUGGCCCAAAAGAUGAUGAUCGCAAAGUGCAACCUCGCGGGCAAGCCUUCGAUUUGCGCGACGCAGAUGCUCGAGUCCAUGACCGUAAGCUCUUUGUCUGGCUUUUUAAGGUUCUGUUCUUCGCGCGGAAGCCUGACUUCAACAUGGAUCAUCACAGUACAAUCCGCGACCGACGCGUGCCGAAGUGUCGGACGUCGCCAACGCCGUCAUCGACGGUGCCGACUGCGUCAUGCUGUCCGGUGAGACGGCCAAGGGGACCUACCCGAUCGCCGCGGUCGAGAUGAUGGCCGAGACGUGCUUCCUCGCCGAAUCGGCCAUCUGCUACCCUCCCUUGUUCAACGAGAUCCGCAACCUCGCCCUCCGACCGACCGCGACGUCCGAGACGGUCGCCAUGUCCGCCGUCGCCGCCGCGCUCGAACAAAACGCCGGUGCCAUCUUGGUCAUGUCGACCUCUGGCAACACGGCUCGUUUGAUCUCCAAGUACCGUCCCCCUUGCCCCGUCAUCACCAUCACGCGCAACGCCCAGACCGCGCGCCAAGUGCACUUGCACCGCGGUUGCUACCCGAUGCUGUACGAGGAGCCCCGACCUUCCUCGAACGAAGGGUGGCAAACGGACAUUGACAACCGUAUUCGAUACGGUCUGUCCAAGGCUUUGGAGUUGGGCGUCUUGAAGAAGGGGGACACGAUCGUCGCGAUCCAAGGAUGGAGGGCCGGCGGAGGCUCGUCCAACACCAUGAGGGUGUUGAGCGUCCCGACCCACGACGAUGGCUUCACCCUCAAGCCCGUCGAUUAG